AUGAACAGAGUACGAUCUCGAACGACAAGAACCCCAGAGAGCACCGAGGCCUGGAUUCUUGGGAGCGGGCCAGCAUCCCUGGCAUCGGCGCUUUACUUGGUGCAGCAUGCGAAAUUACCCGCCUCAAAUGUGCACAUACUAGACUGCCACGAUUCGAUGGAACAAGUUGUACACCAUACUGGAGAUACAACGCACGGGUAUGACUUGCUCGCCGGAUGCCUACCUUUUCCGGUCGGAGAGCCUUUAAAGGAGCUUCUUGCUUCUGUCCCUUCACCCAGAGGCGAGGGAUAUAUGGUUUUGGACGAGAUCAAAUCGUCUGAGGCCAGAAAGGGCUAUGCGAAGACAACACGUCGAACACGCUUCAUGAUAGGAAAAGAUGGAAAACUGGAUUACUUUCCGACUAAGUCCUUAGGCCUUAGUCCAAAAAACCGACUGGACUUGAUACGGUUUCUUUGCAAAGGAGAAAGGCGAAUGGGCAGAAGAAGGAUACAGGAACUUUUGCCCAAGUCUUUCUUCCAGAGUACCUUUUGGGCUAUUUGGACCGCUCAGUUCGGGUUCCAGCCCUGGCACAGCGCAAUCGAAUUCAAACGCGCCAUACGUCAGUAUCUCGGUCGACAUCAUGGCCUUAGCAUUCUGAACUGCUUAGACCUCACGGGGUACUACCGAUACGAGUCCAUUUACGUUUCUAUAUUCCUAUAUCUACAGGGUCUCGGCGUGGACUUCCACUUCGAUACUCUGGUGACCGGCAUUACGAUGACGUCUCAAGACGGCAAAGACAGGGUCUCGCAGUUGGAUCUGAUUGAAAAUGGAUUUCAAUCUCAAAAGUCCAUUGACGCGCAGGACAUUAUUAUUAUCACACUCGGCUCCACUAUUUCUGGCACGGCGACCGGUACGAACGAAUCUCCUCCGCUGUUGGACUUCACGAAUUUGGAAGGUGAACUUAAUGAAAACUGGGUGUUGUGGCUGGAGAUUGGAGACCAAAGUCCCAAAUUUGGGAAUCCGUAUAACUUCUGCACCCGCCAGUUUGAAUCAUUAAUGGGUUCUUUUACCAUCACUACUCGGGACCCUCGCCUUCAUGGAAUUUUGGAAUCGCUGACGAAUGGUAUAACCGACGACGGAAUUUUCAUCUCCGUACCCGACAGCCCUUGGAAGCUAAAUCUCUGUUCACCUGCGCAACCAGUCGUGAACCAACAGCCACAGAACCUGCGCGUGAUGUGGGGCUUUGCGGUAUAUCCCAGGCGCAGUGGAAGCUUUGUCAACAAGCCCAUGAAGGCAUGUUCAGGAGCCGAAAUCUUGACGGAGCUCUUCAAGCAUUUGGACUUUCCUCUUUCGACUCAACAAACUGUGGCCACCCCUCGCGUGAUGCCAAGAAUGUGGGCUAUGUUACUAGCUCGCUCUUCCACCGAUCGUCCAACUCCUAUCCCAUUGAGCACCACCAAUAUCGGUCUGGUUGGGCCAUUUGUCGACAUUCCCCAUUUCACGUGCGUGGACCCAAGUUACGACGUUCGUACAGCGGAGAUGGCUGUGUCCAACCUGAUGGAUCUGCCUAUGUCAAAGCCCCGGGAUAAGAAUCAACCAAUAUUAGAUAUGCUGAGGCUUUUGUUUUGGAAGUGA